AUGGCCAAGGAUAACAACCAGGAGUACACGAUUAGUUGGGAGGAAGCGAUUUUGAAAAUCAAUAUCAAAACUAUUGCCGAACAUGUUCGCCUUAGCCAUGAGGAACGUCUUUUGCAAGGACCCGCCAAAUAUCCCGGUUCAACAUCGGUUCAAAUGAAGUUUUAUACACGUGGCGCCAACCGUUCGGAUUUGUCAGAAAAUAACUUGUUACAGGGUCGUUUACCGGGAAGAAUCGUCGUAGGAUUGGUGGAGUCCGACGCUUUCAACGGAACGCUGGACAAGAACCCGUUCAACUUUCAACACUUCAAUGUGUCGAGUAUUACGUUGCGACAAAACCGAACGCCAGUACCGUUUGAAACGAUCAAACUCGAUUACGGCAACGAUCAGUUCCUACCCGGUUACUUCACGGUAUUACACGGAACUAACGUUUGGGGAACUGACCAGGGAAUAGGUAUAAACGCGAACGAGGAUUAUCCGAAAGGAUACGCUCUCUACGUCUUCAACCUGUUAGCAGAUGAUUCAAACGGUUCCAAUUUCAACUUGGUACGUGAAGGAAACAUAAGUCUUGACAUUCGUUUGAAAGAACCAGCCGAUAAGAGUAUAACUAUUGUAGUUUAUAUGGAAUUCGACGCUAUUGUGGAAAUUGACAACAAUCGCACAGUCACCUUCAAUGAAUAA